UAAACUAGCGUAGCCUGGGGACCGGUAGGUCCGGAAGAAAAUUACUAUUCUGAAAAAAAGGUAUCCGCUAAUAUAAUCAUGUAUGUACAGUUUCAUAUUUGGCAAAAGCUUUAGACCCAUAAAGACACCGGUGAUGGAAAGAAGGUCUCGGAAGGAGCAAACUGGACCGGCUUCCGUAUGAUAUCAGCGCACAUUACAGGGAAGCAUCGGACAAGUACUCGCAAAGUGCACUUGAUUUGACACCACGUACUAUAGAGACUCGUUUUUUUUCUCUCUGUUCCCACCUUGUGUUUUGUGGAUUUUUUGGAAUAGACGUCGUCUUGUGGGACACCCUUUUGGGUUUUUUCAGUCACCCAUACCACGGUUUCUUUUUAAACUGGAUUGGUCAGCAGCUGGCAGCUAGUGCUGCAUAAUUUGAAACCACCCACAAAUGUCCUCAGAGGUGGUGUCUGAAGUGCAGGUGUCUCUGAAGGAACUUCCCAUGGACAGCUGGAUGAAUCACCUGCCCUGUGCUCUAUGGGACGUUCCCCUGAGGAACCUAGCUAUACCAGGAAGCCAUAAUGCCAUAACCUACUGUCUGGAUAGGAGUGACCGCUCCCCUGUCGACCUGACCCAACCUGAUUUGCUGCAGAAGCUGGACAAAUACAUGAAGCCCCUGAUACGACCGUUUGUUUAUAAAUGGGCAGUUACACAGGAGGCGACAGUGAAGGAGCAGCUCGACUGUGGGGUCAGAUAUCUUGACCUGAGGAUCGCACAUCGACCCAACGACACCUCUACUGACCUGUACUUCUACCAUGGAGUGUACACUACACUCACUGUAGAGACCGUUCUUCAGGAGAUCAGAUCCUGGCUAGAUGUCCAUUCUAGAGAGGUGGUUCUGCUGUCCUUCAGUCACUUCCUGGGUCUGAACCAGGACCUCCACACUGGACUUAUAUCCACCAUCAGAACCAUCUUCACCGCCAGGCUCUGUCCAACUACGGAAGUGGUGACGCUGAGGAACCUGUGGUCGUUGGGUUACCAGGUGAUUGUCUCCUAUGAGCACAGCAUGGUCAGCCUCUAUAGCGACCUUUGGCCUCACAUCCCUUACUGGUGGGCCAACAAGUGUAAAGCCGAGGCUCUGAUCGAGGAGUUCGAACACAGGAAACAACAUGGCCGCCCAGGAGGGUUCUUUGUGACGGGCAUCAACCUGACAGAGGAUCUGAAGUACAUCUGUUCUCACCCCACUGAGUCUCUGAAGGACCUGGUGAUGUCUACCUACCCUGCCCUGCUCUCCUGGGUCAGGGGUCAGAGCCCCGGCUCCGACUCCCGCUCCCUCAACAUCAUAGCUGGGGACUUUGUCUCAGAGAGCCACUUCGUACCCACCGUCAUCGCACUGAAUCAACUUUUAGUCCACUGCACUGGUCCUUGUGAUGUCAGCAGAGGAAACUGACCCAUCUGCGGUGUCCCAAAUGACACCAUAUUUACCUCUGUAGCCCAUAGGCCUCUGGUCAAAGUCGUGUGUGUGUAGGGAAUAGGGUGCCAUUUGGGAUGCAUUAUAUGACACAUCUUAUUGCACAGAAUACCAUGUUUUAACUAUGCUGUAGAAGAGGAUGGGACUGCAGCAUGAUGUCAUGUUUUAACUAUGUUGUAGAAGAGGAUGGGACUGCAGCAUGAUGUCAUGUUUUAACUAUGUUGUAGAAGAGGAUGGGACUGCAGCAUGAUGUAAUAGAACUUUGCAUGAAAAAAACAAAACUUGAACAAUACAUUGUGAUAGGAUAUAUUUGCACAAUUACAUUGCCGACAGUGAAAUGUUUGCCUGUUGAGCUCCUCUCUUCCUGUGUUGACCUGCUCUCUUUUCCCCCUGAUCUGCACUGAUUUAUUUAUCUGUUUACUUUGGACUUUUGUUAUCUUGUUUACUAGCCCUCUAACCUUCUAACCCUCUAGCCCUAACCCACCUUCUAACCCUCUAUCCCUAACCCUCCUCUAACCUUCUAACCCUCUAUCCCUAACCUUCUAACCCUCUAUCCCUAACCCUAACCUUCUAACCCUCUAUCCCUAACCCUCCAGACCUAACCCUCCUCUAACUCUCUAAACCUCUAUCCCUAACCCUCCUAACCCUCUAUCCCUAACCCCCCUCUAACCCUCUAACUCUCUAACCCUCCAACUCUCUAACCCUCCAACUCUCUAACCCUCCAACUCUCUAACCCUCCAACUCUCUAACCCUCCAACUCUCUAACCCUCCAACUCUCUAACCCUCCAACUCUCUAACCCUCCAACUCUCUAACCCUCCAACUCUCUAACCCUCCAACUCUCUAACCCUCCAACUCUCCUAACUCUGUAACCCUCCUAACUCUGUAACCCUCCUAACUCUCCUCUAAACCUCCUCUAACCCUAACCCCCCUCUAACUCUCUAAACCUCUAUCCCUAACCCCCUUCUAACUCUCUAACCCUCUAACUCCCUAACCCUCUAACCCUCUAACUCUCUAACCCUCCUAACUCUCUAACCCUCCUAACUCUCUAACCCUCCUAACUCUCUAACCCUCCUAACCCUCCUAACUCUCUAACCCUCCUAACUCUCUAACCCUCCUAACUCUCUAACCCUCCUAACUCUCUAACCCUCCUAACUCUCUAACCCUCCUAACUCUCCUCUAAACCUCCUCUAACCCUAACCCCCCUCUAACUCUCUAACUCUAACCCUCUAACCCUCCUCUAAACCUCCUAACUCUCCUCUAACCCUCCUAACCCUCCUAACCCUCUAUCCCUAACCCCCCUCUAACCCCCUCUAACUCUCUAACCCUCCUAACUCUCUAACCCCCCUCUAACCCUCCUCUAACCCUCCUCUAACCCUCACCCCCCUCUAACUCUCUAACCCCCCUCUAACUCUCUAACUCUCUAAACCUCCUCUAACCCUCCUCUAACCCUCCUAACCCCCCUCUAACUCUCUAACCCUCCUCUAACCCCCCUCUAACCCUCCUCUAACUCUCCUCUAACCCUCUAACCCCCCUCUAACUCUCUGAUCCUCCUCUAAUCCUCCAACUAAUGUAUGUAUUUCAUAUCUCAGGCAAUGUGGCCAUAUUUUAGAAUGUUCCUUUGACCUAAGCAAUAAUAAAUGUUCUGUCUGAAACCUCUGUAACCAUCUCCCACUAUAACGAGUGCUAACAAUAAUACAGCUUUUUCCAUAGAGCACAAAACCAUGAUGGUGUCACAAAUGGAACCAGACGCUAAAUAGUGUACUUUUCACCAGACCCUUAUGGGUCCUGAUCAAAAGUAGUGCACUAUGUAGGGAAUAGGGUGCCAUUUGGCAAGCAAAACGCCGUUACACAUGGUUAGCACCUACGAUGUAUUUCCAUUAGAUAUCCAGGUUCUGUGGUUAAAGAACGCUUGUAUCUCCCUAGUUAUAACGUUAAUGCUGUACCAACUGAAGAACAAGUCUGUCCCAAACAGCUCCCUAUUCCCUACGCGGUGCACUUCUUUUGACCAGGGCCCAUAGGGAAUAGGGAGCCAUUUGGAAUGCACACUCAGAUCAAACCUACAUGAACCAUUGCAUGAUAUCAGACGCACAACUCUGAGCAUGACCUAUGACCUCCUAUGACUGUGCUACAGCUGACUUAUGACCUUUGACUCUUUAAGAAGCAUGCCUUCAUUACUACUGAAAAGACCUGUGCCUGUGGACAAGAUUAGCCUUUUCCAGAAGACAGGAUGAGCAUUUUGAAUAGAGAAACUAAUAGAUUACAAUGUGUUUUUAAAUUCAUGCCUCCAGUUCAGAGAUCACGGGGAGGAGAAGUCAGAGGUCUGUCAAAGGGAAUAGAUUACAAUGUGUUUUAAAUUCAUGCCUCCAGUUCAGAGAUCACGGGGAGGAGAAUUCAGAGGUCUGUCAAAGGGAAUAGAUUACAAUGUGUUUUAAAUUCAUGCCUCCAGUUCAGAGAUCACAGAGAGGAGAAUUCAGAGGUCUGUCAAAGGGAAUAGAUUACAAUGUGUUUUAAAUUCAUGCCUCCAGUUCAGAGAUCACGGGGAGGAGAAUUCAGAGGUCUGUCAAAGGGAAUAGAUUACAAUGUGUCACUCAUUCCACAGAGGGCCGAGUGUUUUGGCUCCUCUCUUGUACUUGAUUGAUGAAUAAAGGUCACUGAAUAGUAACUACCCUCA